AUGAGCUCGGGCGCCGCCGCGCCCGAAGAGGAGCCCGCCGCCCCACCCGCGGGCGCGGCGGCCGCUGUCCCCAGCGGCCCGCCGGACGAACCGCCCGCGGACGCCCUGCCGGCGGCGGCCGACGGCCCGCCGCCGCCGGCGGCGGCCGACGGCCCGCCCUCCGCGGAGGCGGCCGACGGCCCGCUCUCCGCGGAGGGCGCGGCGGCGCUGCGCACGGCCGCUGCGGCUGCGCCCCCAGAGGCCGCCGCGGCCGUCCGCGGGGCCGCGCCGCAUGCGGCCGGCGGGGCCGCUGCGGGCGGGGCGCCGCCCGCUGCGGGGGCGGCCGGGGCUCGGGACUCCUCCGAGGAGCGGGCCCAGGCAGCGGGGCAGGAGCACCUGAUCGCCUCGCUGCGGCAGCGCCUGCGGAGGGGGCUGCAGGAGCUGGCGGCAUGCCGCGCACGGCUGGCCGAGGGCGGCGCGGAGGUGCCCGCGUCGGGCUUCGGCUGCCGGCCCGAGGACCACGCGGACGUCCUGGAGGGCCACCACGCGGCAGCCGCGCCGGAGGCGGGCGGCACGGCCGGGGCCACCGAGGAGGCGCCAGCCCCCCCGGCCGCACCACCUCGCCAGCGCGGCGUGGAGCUCCGCGUCGUCGAGGCUCCCGAAGACGUGCGGGAGCUCCUUUCCGGGAAGCGCGUGCUCCACGUCAAGGGCUUCGGCAGCGGCUUCGGGGACGCGCCCGAGGAGCAGGCGGGCGCACAGCAGCGGCAGGACCAGGCCGCUGCCCAGGCCAUCGACCGGUUCCGGCCAGACUACCUGGUGGUCGACGGCGAUCCUUUCGGCACUGGCUUCCAGCGGUACAUCAGGGUUUAUGCGGACAGGCAGGUCGGCGCUGGGCUGGCGGUGCCGGAGCUUGUCUGGGUGAAGAGCGUCAAGGGGAGCUCGCCCACCCCUGAGGAGCGCGAGAAACGCCUCGGCCAGGCCCGCGAGUGGGCCGACCAGGGGCUCCCUGUGAUCGUCUCGUGGCUGCCAGAGGCCAGCGUCUCUGAGGGCGUGGACAGGCUGUUUGGGGCGGGCUGCUGGGAGAAGCUGCAGGGGCAGAGGUUCGACUUUCGAGGCGCUGUGCGGCUGCUGGAGCUGGCCGAGCCCGAACAGCCCGAGUGGCUCCGCGGGCUGUCGAGUACCGCGCCUGGGCGCGAGCUGUACUUGGCCAUCAAGGCCGUGGAGGGCAGGGCCGAGGAACAGUACUUUGAGAGGUGCAGCUUCGAGAACGCCGCGAAGGGCUACGCAAUUUAUCGGCACCUGCGGGGAGAGGGCCACGCGCCGGCUGCGCAGGGGGUUGUGAGCUUCGGCGGUGGCGAGAGCGUGCUGCUGGAGUUCGCCUCCCUCUACCUCUGCCCAGACUCCGGCUUCGACGCGGCCCAGGCCGCCCUGGUCCCCUUCGGCCGCGGCCGGGCCGGCGACCCCACGCUGCCCGCGCACGAAGGCCUCGCCUUCCGGCCGGUGGAGCAGCUCCACGUCGAGGGCGGCGGCACCGCGGGCGCCCGCGGGGCGCCGGCGGUGGCCGCCGGGACUGCCGCGCACGCGACGCAGGGCCACGCGGGCAGCAGCGGAGGGCCUCCCGACGACGGCGAGGCGCGCGAGCGCGAGAGGUUGGAAGAGGAGCUCAGCAUGGCCAAAGCCCUCCUCAUGCUGAACAACGUCACUCUCAACAUGGACCUCGAACACGAUCAGGUUACAGCCGCGCAGGUGAUCGAGCUCAAGGGCAGCCGGCAAUUGAUACAGCUUCUGAUUACGCUCAAGCAGAAGGUGAGUUUGCUCAAGCAGCAGUACCUUCUCCUGCGAGGAGACAUGCUGUACCUGAACCACGAGAUGAGCGUCUGCAGACACUGGAUGAUGCAAUCGUUCCGGAUGGCCAUGCAGCACCAGUCGCAGGAGAACAGCUCGCUGCAGACGCGCUUCGAGCGGCUCUCGAAGGUGCUCAACUGA